UAAUUCAGGAGACCUGCAGUGCCCAAGAUGCACGUUACUGUCCACCUUCUUCUUGUGGGAAUAAUUUGAAUAUUACAUACCCUUUCAGAUUAAACACAGAUCCGCCUCACUGCGGAGAGGCUACAGAGCCAGCAUAUUCUCUGUUCUGUGAGAAAAACCUUACAGUAUUCCCUUCUAAAUCAGGAAAAUUCUAUGUGAGAGCAAUCAAUUAUGACAAUCUCACAAUUCGAGUAGCUGACGCUAGUGUUAAGGAAGGGAGCUGCUCCAUACCUCAAUAUUCCUGGGACUUCUCAACGCCUUUUGGUCUUUUUCGUGAUUAUUCGGAGAUCAUUCUUUUCAUAAGUUGUGAAAAUUUUGUAAAUGCCUCGCGUUAUGUGGAAGCUCCUGCCUGCAUAAACAGCAGCUCUUUCUUCACACCUUAUAGGCCUGAAUCUGAAGGCCAAAGGUAUUAUUAUGUGAAAAUUGGAAGCACAACUCCACAUGAGUUAAAACCUUCAUGCCGUAUUGAGCUAAUGGCAGGUAUACCACCAAUGCGGGAGAAGAAUUACGAGAACCCCUCCUACCUGGACAUCCACCAUGGGUUAGUAAAUGGAAUUGAGCUCUCGUGGAGGGAAGCUUCAUGUGGAGAGAGGAGUUUUUCUUACAUUAAUUAUGAAAACGAUCGAGUGUGUUCCUUAUCAUGAGGACCGAGUCUCCCAAGUUUACAUCGGAGCUUUUUCUGUGCUCAGUUUUUGUGUACCUGUGUUGGCUAAUUUUGUUUAUGCAGUGGACCUAUUUCAUAAUCAUCUGCUCAAAUUUGUAGUUGAUAUUGUUUGUACAUGGAUCUUAUGGCGUGGAAUAUUAACCAUUAUUGGAAUUCCAACUAUCAUCUUAUUUUUGGUCUUCAAAUGGAGGAGUAGGCAUUUAUCCAUGUACGAUUCUAUUGAAGAAUUCUUGCAAAACAACAAUAACUUCAUGCCUGUAAGGUAUUCUUACUCGAAAAUCAAAAAAAUGACCAAUGGUUUUAAGGAGAAAUUGGGUGAAGGAGGUUUUGGUCAAGUUUAUAAAGCAAAGCUUCAGAGUGGUCGCCUUGCAGCAAUAAAGAUGUUGGGCCAAUCAAAAGCUACAGGGCAAGAUUUUUUCAAUGAAAUUGCUACCAUUGGAAGAAUUCACCAUGUCAAUGUGGUACAAAUGAUUGGCUUUUGUGCUGAAGGAUCAAAACGUGCCCUUGUGUAUGACUUCAUGCCUAAUGGUUCCCUUGAUAAACAUAUUUCUUCUGCAGAAGGCAAUAUUGCAACUUUGGGUUGGGAAAAUCUAUACAAGAUUUCUCUAGGAGUGGCUCGUGGAAUUGAGUAUUUACAUCAAGGUUGUGAUAUGCAAAUCUUGCAUUUUGAUAUCAAGCCUCACAACAUUCUUUUAGAUGAGAACUUCACUCCAAAAAUCUCUGAUUUUGGUCUUGCAAAGUUGUAUCCAACCAAAGGUAACAUCGUGUCCUUGACUGCAGCGAGAGGAACCUUAGGAUAUAUGGCACCUGAGCUAUUUUACAAAAACUUAGGAAGUAUCUCUUACAAAGCUGAUGUGUAUAGUUAUGGGAUGUUAUUGAUGGAAAUGGUGAGCAGAAGAAAUAAUAUGAACCGAUUUGCAGAGCAUUCAAGUUAGAUCCACUUUCCUUUGUGGGCAUCAGAGCAAUUGAACAAAGGAAUGGAUCUAGAAAUAAGAGAAGCCACAGAAGAUCAAAAAAGAAUUGCAAAGAAAAUGAUCAUUGCAGCCUUGUGGUGCAUACAGAUGAAGCCAAUUGAUCGCCCUUCAAUGAACAAAGUCAUAGAGAUGCUUGAAGCAGAAGUUGAGAGCUUACAAAUGCCUCCCACCCCUUUCCAGCUUUAUCCCCAUGCAGCACAAGAAGAUGAUGUUAUAGAGAAAACCUCCCUCACAGAAUCUACUAGUUUCUCUUCAUGCAAUGAUAUAGAGAUUGAGUCCAUUAGUUUACUUGGAAAUGAAAAUUAAGUGGGAUG